UUUUCUUACUCUAUAAAUUAGUACCAUGUAACACUCUAAGGACUUCAGAACCCAACCCACAAGCCAAACUAGCCUCCUCUUUAUUUCUCUAAUUCCUCUCUCCCAAUUUUCAUAAAAGAUGAACAGCGGUUCCUCUUCAGCUCCCUGCAAAAGGUUAGAAGGGAAAGUGGCAAUCAUCACCGGCGGAGCAAGCGGGAUUGGAGCAUCCGCCGUCCAAAUUUUCCAUGAAAAUGGAGCCAAGGUUGUUGUAGCUGAUGUACAAGACAAUCUCGGCCAAGCCCUUGCUGAAAAGCUAGGGGAAAACGUCUGCUACAUCCACUGUGAUGUAUCAAACGAAGAUGACGUUAUCAAUGUUGUCGACACAGCAGUCGCUAAAUUCGGAAAGCUCGAUAUCAUGUACAAUAAUGCAGGAAUCAUCGACCGUCCCUUCGGGAGCAUUUUGGACACUCCAAAGUCUGAUCUAGAACGCGUACUUGCUGUUAACACAAUCGGAGGUUUCUUGGGAGCCAAACAUGCCGCCAGGGUGAUGGUACCUCAACAAAAAGGCUGCAUAUUAUUUACAGCCAGUGCCUGCACUGAAAUUGCAGGACUUUGUUCUCCGGCUUAUGGGAUAUCAAAAUAUGGGAUUUUGGCAAUAGUUAAAAAUUUGGCAGCUGAGCUUGGACAGCAUGGUAUAAGAGUAAAUUGUGUCUCGCCUUAUGCGGUGAUCACCGGAAUCUCGUCUCGUCCAGAGGGUAUUGAUCCAGCUAUUAUAGAACAACAAUUGAGCCAGAUGGGAAAUCUAAAAGGGCAGACUCUGAAACCUGAGGGCGUUGCAAAUGCAGCACUGUAUUUGGCUAGUGAUGAAGCAAGUUAUGUAAGUGGACAAAACCUCGUUGUUGAUGGAGGAUUCAGCGUUGUGAAUCCUACAUUUAUGAGGGCCUAUAAACUUAUCAAGUAAUUCUGAUGAAGCUUGGAAAAAUAUUAAUAAUGCUGAUUGAGAGUCAGGAAAUAAACCCAUCGGUACACUGUAACGUGUAUUUAUGCUUUUUUCUGUUUUCUUUUUCAUAUGUAAUGUGUUUGCUCUUCAUGCAUUAAUCCAUAAUGUUCUAAUUUUACUCUC